AUGAUUCUUCCCGUCAUUUUCACACUUUCCAUUCUCUUUUCGCCCAUUUCUACAGGUAAUUCUAAAGAUUCGCAGAAUUCAUCCAAACUUUGUUAUUUUACCAGAUAAUGAGUGCCCGUACCAAUACAAAUUCUACGCGGAAACUGCAAUUUGCUAUCAUUUAUCCGAAAUGCUAUACGAUUUCGACGGAGCCGUCAAUUAUUGUCAGAAUAACGGAGGAAAGCUCGUCUCGUUGAUUCAGGGCGAAAGACAGGGAGUCGCCAGUGAGUUAGGGGAAAAUGAGAAAGGAUCAUUCACAACUGAAAUCACAGAACUUUAUAGAAACAGAGAAUAACCUGUAUGGAUUCAAAACGUUCUAGUGUUGAGCGGAAUUCCGUCUUCCAGGUUUCAAAUUCCAUUUCCGCUCAACACUGGUUCUUCAGCAAGUUUAGUUUCUGCUGUCAAAACGUAAUGUAACUGUAAGCAUAAUCAUUUCAUAAAAACGGGGUUCGGACGACCUUUUUCCGAGUUGCACUGGUCGAUUUGAGAUAAUUCUUCUGCAGAUCUAACCGCCCACCUCGCUUUCCAACCGUGGAUUGCGUCCCGAAGAAACACGACGAAUGGAGUGUUCUACAACCUGGACAAGUCCGUUUUCAUACCGGGGCAAUGGACUGCCGGUUCUUAACUUUAUCCCUCUCCCUGGAAACCAUUCCUUUUCAGGAGAGCCAACGACAACAAACGGCAACUGUGUCACUUUCAAAGGCGUCGGCGCCAGCGUGGGUCUCCAGACGACGCAGUGCUAUCAGCAGCAGUACGCCUUCUGCAAGAUUGUGCCGAAUCUGUGCAACGGAGGCGUCCAGAACGGAACAUUCGGAUCCAUUCAGUCGCCACAGUAUCCGGAUCAGUAUUACAACAAGCUGCUCUGCUACCACUAUUUGUACGGUAAGAAAAGCAAAAUGAAUUGAAUCUGACAUCCACAUGAAAUUUCAGCUCCAGACGGUUUCUCAGUGAACAUUUAUUUCCCUCAGAUCAACACGGAAAGAUAUUAUGAUUUCGUCGAACUUUAUGAGGGAAACAGUACGGCCAAAGGAGAUCAGAUUGUCUCGUAAGAUCAUAGUCUAUUGCAAUUAUUUAUUUCAUUACAAACUUUAAUUUUGCAGCCUCACUGGAAAUCUGACAGACCUUGAGUAUUCCUCCAAAGGAAGCCUUCUUCUCGUUGUCUUCCGAACGAACUAUGUCAUCACGGACACGGGUUUCUACGGCACGUGGAAUGUGCAGAGGAUUCAACCGCCCAUCGUGGCCAACGGAACAAGCAGCGGCGAGUUGAGCUCUCCGAACUAUCCAAGCGAUUAUAACACGUUUGAUAAGCAAUUGUACUACAUUGAAGUGGUCGCCGGCGCGCAAAUCAACGUGAUCAUCGACGACUUUGUGACUCAGGAGACUUUUGAUUAUCUGGAAAUCUACUCGACUCUUAAUCAAACGUCAGCCACGCCGGUCGCCAGAUUCUCGGGGAACUCUGUCGCUCCGUGGAACUGGCUUAGUCCGUCGAAUGUGGUGUCGCUGAAGUUUGUGUCGGACGGCAGUUAUCAGUACAAAGGAUGGCAUUUGGGGUGGAAUAUGGUCGAGCGGAAAUGA